AUGGCCGGGUGGUCAGGAACACCAAGUUCGACCAGCACAGGCAGUGGAGGACAUGGGGGCCGCAGUACAGAUCCGGCGCGGGCCGCCUACUUCGCCGCUAGACACAAGGUCGUUGAGCGUGCCAUGAAGCACUACGCUGCUGGUUUGUGCGGGCUGAUCGCUAUCUUCGUACUUUGGCGCUGGGUAAGGUGGCUGAGCGUGAAAGUGGAGAGAAAGCGGAAGCCGGCCGGGGCAUUGGGCAAGCCGUUUGUUGCGGUUUCAAGACUUCUCCGGAAUCUGCUGGUUCGCAGAGUUCCCGGAUUUGGCUCUGGUGGGCACGCUCUCGUGGUCAUUGCCUAUGUGGCCAUCAACCUUGCGAUUGCGUUUACCAAUGUUCAGUGGACAGUGUCGUACGUCGCUCACAGGUUUGGAUGGUUGUCGCUGGCCAACAUGGUCUUGGUCAUCUUGCUGGCGCUGAAGAACACUCCACUGGCCUUCCUUACGGCCUACUCCUACGAACGGCUCAACUGCUUGCACCAGAUCGCUGGCUACACCAUGUUCUCACAGAUGGUGAUCCACGCAGCCAUGUACACAUCAUACUUCAACAGCCAGGGUCGGCUGCUGAGCAUCUACUCCCAGCGCGGCACAAUUGCAGGCAUCGUGUGCGGUUUCGGUUUCUUGAGCGUCAUCUUCUCGGCCGUGUUUCUCCGUCGUGUGUGGUACGAGAUCUUCUACGUGGUCCAUGUCGCCUCGUGGGUCGUCUCGGUUAUUGCCGUCGGCUUUCACCAACCUUCAAUCGCGGAUAAAACGCUAAUUGUUACGCUUAUUGCCGCUGUCGCCUGGAUCCUCGACCGUAUAAUCCGUGCCUGUCGAGUUCUUUACUACAGCGCCAACAACGAGGCCACCCUGCACCCGCUCCCCGGAGGUGGCACUAAGAUUAUGCUAAAGAAGGCGCCGGCCCGUGCCGAGCCAGGAAAGCACUGUUUCGUUUGGAUUCCGGCCAUCCGCAAAUUCGAGACGCAUCCUUUUACGAUUCAUCGUAGCGAUCCCGUCGAGUUCACCGUAAAGGCCCGUGAUGGAUUCACCAGCGAUUUACACAAAUACGCAGCCGCAAACCCGGGCGUUGCAGUCAAAGCUUCAGUGGAUGGGCCAUAUGGCACGUUUCCUGAUCCCAUGGAGUUUGACAAGAUCGUGCUAAUUGCUGGCGGUGGCGGCGCGACGUUUACUUUUGGCCUGGCAGUGAAUGUCCUGGAGAGGAUGGGCGAAGAGGAUAAGAAGCAGAUUGUAUUUAUUUGGGCAGUUAGGGAGCAUGAAAACCUCUUCUGGUUCCGCGAGCAGCUCGAUAUGCUCCUCACUCAAGCCCAGACACCCCGCGUCAAUGUCUCCCUCUACGUGACGCGUGCUUCGUCCGACAUUAGUGGUACUCAGGAAGCACAAAACAGCGGCGAAAGAUCAUCUACCGACUCACCAGCCCUUUCGCCAAUCGAGACGGACCUCGAAAAGAGCAUCUCCCACCAGCGCUGGGCUCGCACAACUACUACAACCACGACGACGACUGCCACAGAAAGUGACACGGAGAAAGAUAUCGAGAAGACUAUUGAGACGCGGGUUGAACAUAGCAAGGAGACUGCCACGGCCGUGACUGCCACUACGAAGGCUGCUCAGACACUGCUUGAUUACCCCGUACAACUUGGUCGCCCUGACACGGCAGCAUUGAUUCGCGAUGCAGUGAACAUCACGCCAUCGAACCAGCGCGUGCUGGUUGCAGCUUGCGGGCCGGAUGGGUUGAUGAGAGUGGUGAGAGACACUACCGCGCGACUGAUCAGGGGAGAUGGGCCAGCAGUAGAAGUACAUUGUGAACAAUUCGGCUGGUAG